AAAUGACCACAUUGCCGUAUUUUCCCAUGUGCCCGCCGCAGACGCCCGAGUGGACGGUGCGCGAGUUCCCGCCAAUCGUCGGCCUCGACUUCCUCGAAGCUAUCGAGCGCACGCGCUUUGUCUUGUCAUUUCUCUGGUGCGUCGUCGUCGUCACACCGGUCGCGGCGGCCAUGAGCAUGACGCCAAGCCCGUCCUCCGUCGCCCUGCCGACGUUGUCGGCACCAUGGCGUAGCCCCAUCGUGUGGGGUGCUGUGUUUGUGCUGGCUGUCUUUCUCAAGUUCUCGAUUCGGUACUGCAGCACGUGGCCAAACGCACGCCGGUCGGGCCCCUACUACUGGCAGCAGAUGUACGGCACGGACGCCCGGCACAUGACGCUGGGUCACUUUAUUCGCUUGACCGAGUACCACAUGGAAAAGUUUGGGUCGCAGACGUCGCUGGAAGGAAUUCAAGUGCACUACUGGACGCGCUGGUCGAUUUGGUCGGUGGUUGUGCUGACGUUUCUGGCGACGAUCGUCUGGUACAACCAGAUCGUGCUCGAUGCACCGACAAUCUACCUUCUUGGUGUCGUGGCUGUGACCACGGUGACGGUCGCGCUGCAGUACCUCUAUGUGCAGCUUCCACUCUACGCUGCGUUGUACCUCUGCCCCGAGCUUGGCCUGACUGCGAUGAGCGACGAGCGUAUUCCGUUCGCGAUGCCCGUCUAAGUCCUUUGUCGCGCUGUCGUUUAACGUGUACCGAGCGCCGUAGUAGUGUAUACACUGCAACUAGGUUCUAAAGCACUCUGCUCGAUGCAGCCCAAGUACCGAUGCAGCACUAAGCUUUUGGCGCACGCGUGCAGGUUUGCGGCUUCAACGGUCCAUAAGCAAUGCAUUUCUUAUUGGCCCUUGACGGCUUUCAUUCUGCCAA